UGGGCAGAAGGUUAACGCAGGCUAUAUAAUAGUAGCGAUGCAGGCGCGGGCGCACUCAGUACGACGCGCGUUGUGACCGUGACUUUUGUUUUCAAAACACAAUGCGCUUCUUAAUUCUCCUCGCCAUCGUGGCCGCAGCGCACGCGCACCCUGCGCUGAUCUUCACCCAGGCGCUUCAGCCAAUCGGAGUCGAGUACGCCGAGAACGCUGGUCCACUUGUUCGGCCGCAUCCCGCCGUCGAACAAAACGCCGCCCGGGACGCUCAGCUGCCGCGUGAACUUCUCAAGUCUCGAGACUUCUAUGACAAUCCAGCGAUUGCUGAAGCUCUGGCGAGAGAGUCGUGGUUCACCAACAAGGAGAUGCAGGUCGUUGAGAGGGAGGCCGAAAAGAUCCCCAGGGAGAGGAUCUAUAAAAUUGUGAAGAGCGCUGGCUUCUUAGAUCAGUAAAAGUUAUUAUAAUGU